GAGCAAUACAACUUCACGUUUUGAUUUGGCCUCUACUGGCACAAUGGCUUCAUUCGGACUUUGUCUUGUUAUUAUUUUAACCUGCAACCUGUACCUGCCGCUCUCUGCUUUUGGGUUUCUGUGCCCUGAGAUUUGCAACUGUACUGAAAGCACCAUCAACUGCUCGAGGGAAACUCAGCUUGCAUCAAAAAGUGAAAACGGACAUAUUCAUUUGAGAUUAACUCAGCUCCCAUUUGAAGUGAUCCUGAGCUUUACUUUUAGUGGACUGAGCAACGUGUCGAGAAUUGAAAUUACCCAGAGCGAAUCAGUCAAGAGAAUAAAAACACAAGCGUUUGUGUUCCUUCUCAGCCUUACUGAAAUCUCAAUUCAAAACACAAAACAUCUUGUGAUGAUUGAACAGGGAGCAUUUGCAGAUCUUCCAAAGUUAAAAUACCUGAGUAUUUGUAACACUGGAAUAACUAUAUUCCCUGAUUUAACAAAGAUCUUCUCCAUGGACUCCUAUUUUCUCCUGGAAAUUUGUGACAACAUGCAUUUAACAACCAUACCACCCAAUGCUUUUCUGGGGCUGGCUGAGGAGUGUUCACUAAUGAAUCUCUUUAAAAAUGGAUUCAAAGACAUACAGAAGAACGCAUUCAACGGGACAAAGCUAAAUAAACUGGUUCUUAAGGAUAAUAAAUAUCUAGAGCAGAUACACAACGAUGCCUUCAGGGGAGCAACAGGACCCGAUAUACUAGACAUUUCCUCAACACCGCUUCAAUUUCUGCCCACCCAAGGACUGCAGUCGGUGAAAGUGCUUAUUGCUCGGGACACUUACUCCCUUAAGACACUGCCCCCUCUGGACAGCUUUGAUUACCUACAGGAGGCUAAUUUAACAUAUCCUAGUCACUGCUGUGCCUUCAGAAACUGGAACAGAAAGAAAGAGCAGAGUUCUUCUAUUCCAUCAUUUGGAAACCUUUCCAAUAACUGUGAAGACUAUAGCACUUAUGCGAAUGUAUAUCCAGCUGAUAGUUACUAUUCAGAAAACAUGGAUUAUCUUUAUCCAGAACUGGAAACCUGCAAGAUAGAAAUUCGCUGUACGCCAGAGCCAGACGCUUUCAACCCCUGUGAGGACAUCCUGGGCUACGACUUUCUUCGAAUCCUUAUCUGGAUCAUUAACUUCUUUUCCAUUGCUGGAAACAUUGCUGUACUGCUUGUUCUUCUCACCAGUCACUACAAGCUCACCGUCCCAAGGUUCCUCAUGUGCAAUCUUGCCUUUGCUGAUCUUUGCAUGGGCGUUUACUUGCUUCUCAUUGCUUCUAUUGAUUGUAUAUCAAAAGGCCAGUAUUAUAACCAUGCAAUAGAGUGGCAGACUGGCGCUGGCUGUGGUGCAGCUGGGUUUUUAACAGUGUUUGCCAGUGAACUCUCAGUGUACACCUUGACCAUGAUCACACUGGAGCGCUGGUACACCAUUGCCUACGCCAUGCAGCCGGACAGAAAGCUACGUUUCAGAGAUGCUGCCGUCUUUAUGAUUGGGGGAUGGCUGUUUUCACUCAUAGUGGCUUUCAUGCCCAUUUGGGGUGUGAGUAGCUACAAGGUGGUUAGCAUGUGCCUUCCCAUGGAUAUCGAAACUACGCCAGCCCAGGGGUAUGUUAUAUUCAUUCUGAUGUUCAAUGUCAUCACCUUUAUUAUAAUCUGUACCUGCUAUAUUAAAAUCUACCUAACUGUACGCAAUCCGGAAUUUGCAACCAAAAACAGCGACACUAAAAUUGCCAAAAGAAUGGCAGUGCUCAUCUUCACCGACUUUUUGUGUAUGGCACCAAUAACUUUCUUUGCUAUUUCUGCAGCGUUCAAAGUGCCACUCAUCACCGUGAGCAACUCCAAGAUUCUACUGGUUUUGUUUUAUCCCAUCAACUCUUGUUCAAAUCCGUUCUUGUACGUAAUCGUCACAAAGGCAUUUCGAAGAGAUUUCUUUGUAUUAAUGAGCCGGUUCGGUUGGUGCAAGGCACAGGCAGACGUCAAAAAUAGUUAUAAAACAAGUAAAAAUAAUGGAAUGGGCAGGCACCGGUCAUAG